UAUGGGAUACUUUUUGCUGAGUUUUAUUUUGGAGUUCAUUCGCCGGUGUUCAGGAGCAUGCUUUACCGUCACAUCUGGAGUUAAAUGUUUAGCAAGAGUGCCAUUACACCACCCUGCCGAGCAGCACGAGGGAAUUGGAGGAAUGCUCUUCGCUGUGAGGUCACAAUGUUGAUAAAAGUGCAGUUUGGAGGCAAGAAGAAAUAUAUUAAACUGGAAGAAGUUUGUUUCUUGGAUUUUCUCAGUGCGGUCCAGCAGAAGUUUCUGAUACCAGAGGAUACAACAUUGAAAGUCACAGAUGACCAUGGCGUGGAGGUGGAUGAGGAUGUAUUUCCAGAACUUGCGACAAACAAAGAAAUGUGUUUUAUCAUCCACACUGAUGAUGAACUUCUAUUUGCUGAAACAUCAAAGGGCUCUACAGACUUCUCAGACCUGACAGAGUUUGGUGCCUCUUCCAAUCAUACAGAAUAUGUUACUGUCACUACUUGUGAUCUGACUGUCCUGCAGCAAGGGGUUGUUCAAGUACCCUCCUCCCCAAGUUUGACUGAUACGUUGUCUGUGUCAAGCAGUUUAAGCAGCAGUGAUUCUGGAUCUCAAAUAAUUCAACCUGUAAUGGACAGAGUCCAUGCAAGAAAUAAUAUCAAGCAAAUUCUAACUUCAAAGCCUACAGGGCUGACUGUGAUUAAAGAGUAUGAAGAGACUGGGAGUUUAAAAGAUUCCACCAGACGGUUAAUGGUGAACAUAAUUGUAGCUCACAUGCGUGAAAAGGAAGGAAGAGCUGUUAGUAAAGGAGCAAAAGAGUUUCAUGCCUUUGGUAUUGUGUCACUGUUCCCGACCAUGAAAGACCCAUACUCUAAGAAAGGAUAUGAACAUUUCUAUGACAUUCAGAGUAACACAGGCUUUCUUGAGUGGCGCAUGAAGACCGUGCAGCGUAAAUCCAGAACCUCUACCUCACAGAGCAGAGUGGAGCUUAAAGGAGGUCCCACAUUAUCAAGAACAAUUGGAGCUCUACAUGACCAGCGAAUGGGAGAUGAAUGCAUGGAAGCUAUGUCACUCCUCCACCACACAACUGAUCAUGACACAGUGUUCAAGAAGAUGAAAGAAACUUUCCACUACCGUCAACAGAUUCUCCAUGACCCUCAGCGCUCAGCAAAUGUACUACAAAUGUUUCCGCGUUUCUUGGAUGUCAAAGGACUGGAAAAAUGGAACACCAGUUUAAAAGAAAAAGUCAUCCAGGAGGCCAGGAACCUUAAAGAGACUGCUCUGCUAAAACGGCAUUUGAAAGCUGCACUGAAGGAGGAUUCUGACACAACUGAUGAUCCAGAAUGGGACAGCGACAUGGCUUCUCUAUUUGUCCUGCUGCAUCUUCUUACUCCACAACCAGCUGGAAGAAAGCGGCCUAAGAAGAUCAGUGUUGAAGAGGCAACAACUCAUCUGGUCAAAUUUUAUAAGUCAUGCCAAAGCCUUGAUGAUCAUCUCCUGACCACUGAAGGAAACCCUCAGCCGUAUCUUCUUGCCUCAGGGACAUCAAAAGCACAGGUUUCCACCUUCUACAUUGUCAUGGACAGAAAAAUUCUGCCUUGUCAGUCAUGUACAUCCUUGGGUGCAUUUGACGAGCUGUUCAAAUCCCAUUUUGUUUUUGGUGUGAAAUAUGAUGAUGCUCUGUCCAGCCUGUACACAUUUGUGCAGACAACUGUGUACAAUAUCGAUAUAGGUACAACUGAGGAAACUCCAAAAGUCAAAGAGCUUAGAGCAAGGCUUCUGAACAAGCACUAA